AUGCCCAAUGCCCAAUGCCCAGACUUCUGUCACUGGCCAGAAUACGAAGGGAUAGGGCUCCCCCGGGCCACCCGACUCUCAACAUCUUCGACGUCUUCCAGUAUAUUGUACAGCCGCAAUGCAAAGUUCUCGGAGCAUGAUGUUUCAGCACGUAUUCUGGUGACUUUAUCAAGGGAGCAGAAUGUCUCGCUCGCUCCACCACCAGCAAAGAACAACGUCACAAAAGACAACAGCGACGAGACCGACUGGAAGAAACUUCCGCUGCACUCCGCGAUAGUGCAGCAUGCUACAGAGAAGUCUCUGAAAACUGCCAUUGGCCGUGUGAGUGAUCCUGCAGCACUACCUACCAGCUCCCCAGCCCCGUCGACCUUUACAGAUGGCCUACCGCUUCUGAAUUUCAUCGUCUUGGACCUGGACUACACUCUUUGGGCCUUUGACAUCAACAACCCAAGGUGGACAACCGGUCUUGAACUGUAA